AUUAUCAUAUUCAUUCAGUCCGAGACGCCAGCCUAAUCGAACAAUCAUCAUUAUUGUAAUUCCGGCAUUGAACGUUCGCAAAUUACGAAGGAAAUAAUAAUUGUAAUUUUGUAUACAAAAAUAAAUUGAAAUCGUGAAAAUAAAUAUCAAGUUAAAAAACAAAUAAAUUCGUCAAAUAUUAGAAAAUGGCUUCGUUAAACAAUAUUUUAGUGGCUCUGCGAGUUUUGCCCACAUCGCCAAGUAUACCAAAGGAUCCACUGGAUGUUUCCGAAUUACCCGAAAUCAGUUUGCAGGAAGUUUCCAACCACGAUGAUAUUAACGAUUGUUGGAUUGUGCUCUACGAUCGCGUUUACGAUGUCACAAAGUUCCUUUUUUCGCACCCAGGUGGUGAAGAUGUGAUCCUUGAUCAUGCAGGACGUGAUGCUACAUUAGCGUUUCAUGGCACUGGACACUCAAAACACGCAACAAAUAUGUUACGAGAUUAUUUGAUCGGUGAAUUGCCUGUCAGUGAGAGAAUUUUCCGAAACAAAAAUGUCGGUGGUGGAGUGCUUCUGUCGGGAAUACCAGAUUGAAACUUCGUCGUUGCCGUUAUCAGCCGAUUUUGGAUUUGGAGCUUGUCUAUAUUUGCCUCCAAUUCCCAUAGUAUUAACUUUCAAAAAUAUCAAAACAUAGAUUAUGUUCAUUUUUAAUCUUAAAACUAAGAGAUUCACUGUGAAGAGGGAAAGAGCCAACAGCACAAUCAAUCAUAAACCAUUAAGUUGUGACUCGUGAUCACUUUUAAAUGCCACGCUUAAUUAUAUAACACUUAAGUGGCUAUACCUAUAAGAAAGAAUAAUCGCAAGUCCUACUCGUAUAUGAGUUAUCACUAAUCACUAAUCACUAUCACUCGAAUGCGAUGAUGAAAUAUUAAUAUGGAAGUCAGUGACGGAAGCAAAAUUCUUAUGUUUAUGUGAAUAUUUGAAAUGAGAUAAUUUGAGACUCAGAUUCAGAUCAAAACUUUGGCUAUAAAAUGGCGAUAUAUGAUAAUCUAAGCACUCAAAGGUUGUAAGAGGACUAAUGGAAGUUUUUCUAUUCCUGUACUUAAAAUAAUAGUUUUUAAGUAAAAUUGUGUUCUUAAUCAAAUUUCCUAUAUUAAGUAUUAUCCUUUUUAAGCAAUUUUUGAUAUAAAAUGAAAAUUGUGACUAAGUAUGAACUUUAGGCUUAAGUAAAUAAAAUUCUUUUAAAAGUAAAAA